GUGUUGGAGACGGCAGGGUCUUGUAAAUAAAUCAAGAGAUCGUAAUUAAGUUGCAAUAAUUCAUUUAUUUAGACUUACUACUAGCAACGCUACAUUUAAGUUUGACGUUUAUAGUUUUUAACGGUAGCAUAUAAAAUCGGAAUAAAUCGACGCGUGAUUGUUCAGUAUAAACAAGUGGUCCUAAUUUGUUGUGACCGCCGAAUUUAAAAUGGUUGAUCAGAAAAAUGUACUAGUGAUCGGCAGUGGAGGCCGCGAGCACGCCUUGUGUUGGAAGUUGGCGGAUUCCCCGUUCGUUCGUCAAAUUUACUGCGCGCCGGGUAGUGUCGGAAUUUCAACAACAAACAAAGUUCAAUCCGUCGAUCUCGACAUCAAGAACUAUCCAGUACUAGCACAAUGGUGCAAAGACCACUCCAUCGACCUAGUCCUAGUCGGGCCAGAGGACCCACUAGCCAAUGGCAUAGUGGAUGGACUGAUCUCGCACGGUUUGAAGGUGUUUGGGCCCACACAGGCCGGAGCCCAGAUUGAAGCCAGCAAGGACUGGUCUAAGGGCUUCAUGGCGCGUCACCAGAUACCCACCGCGCGGUAUAAGUCAUUCACGGAUGCUGUGGCAGCUAAGGCUUUUAUUAACAGCGCCAACUACCCAGCUUUGGUCGUGAAGGCCUCCGGUCUCGCGGCCGGCAAGGGUGUGGUGGUCGCCGCCACAAAGGAAGAGGCCUGCCAAGCCGUGGACGACAUCCUUACUGACGCCAAGUAUGGCGCUGCCGGGGAAACUGUCGUGGUUGAAGAGCUGCUGGAGGGAGAAGAGGUUUCGGUCCUCGCCUUCACCGACGGCGAGACCGUCUCCAUGAUGCCCCCCGCGCAAGACCACAAGCGCCUCGGCGACGGCGACACAGGCCCCAACACCGGCGGCAUGGGCGCAUACUGCCCAUGUCCCCUCAUAACUCCAGACCAGCUGCUGGACGUGAAGGAUCAGGUGCUGCAGAGGGCUGUGGAUGGACUGAAGGCUGAGGGCAUCAAAUAUGUUGGUGUCCUAUACGCUGGCAUGAUGAUAACGAAGUCUGGCCCCAUGACACUGGAGUUCAACUGUCGCUUCGGAGAUCCGGAGACGCAGAUUCUGAUGACACUUAUGGAGACAGACCUCUACACUGUCUUGAAGGCCUGCGUGGACGGCACUUUAAAACAACUACAAGUGACAUGGAACACCAAACUAUCGUCGGUCGGUGUAGUCAUAGCCUCAAAAGGAUACCCAGAGACAUCCACCAAGGGAUGCGUCAUCAGUGGUCUCGCCCAAGUCCAGUCAAACCCGGGCGUAGUGGUGUUCCACAGCGGCGUAGCCCGCGGCGCUAACGGCACUCUAGUGACCGCCGGUGGCCGAGUCUUGCUCGUUUGUGCUCGAGCGGCAUCUCUUCGCGCUGCUGCCGCGGCCGCCGCCGCUGCCGCGGGCGCCAUUGACUUCCCUGGCAAGCAGUACAGGAAGGACAUAGCACACAAGGCCUUCUCCAAAAUCAACGGGCUCUCGUACCUCCAAGCCGGUGUCGACAUCGAUGCCGCAGCGCUGCUAGUGCGCAAGAUCGAGCCUCUAGCUACUGGGACGCAUCGCCGUGGCGUCCUAGGCCGCCUGGGGUGCUUCAGUGGCCUGUUCCAGCUCGCGGCCAUGGACCCGCUGCUUAAGGAUCCCGUGCUGGUGCAGGGGACCGAUGGAGUCGGGACUAAGCUUAAGAUAGCGGAAACCAUGAAGAAAUAUGACACGAUCGGCCAAGACCUGGUCGCUAUGUGCGUGAACGACAUCCUCUGCGCUGGAGCGGAGCCCUUCGCGUUCCUAGACUACAUGGCAUGUGGCAGGCUACAAGUUGAUGUUGCAACGACCAUUGUCAGCGGCAUCGCUAAUGCCUGUAUACAGUCCGGCUGCGCGCUGCUGGGCGGCGAAACCGCAGAAAUGCCCACAAUGUACGACGUCGGCAAAUACGACCUGGCCGGCUUCGCAGUAGGCGUGGUCGACAACCACAAACAACUGCCUCGCACCAGAGAGAUCAGAGCCGGCGACGUCGUUCUCGCUCUAGCGUCCACUGGCGUGCACAGCAACGGGUACAGCUUGGUGCAGAAAAUCAUGUCGGAGACUGGACAAAGCUACUUCGCGAAAGCGCCAUUCAGCACCGCCAACAAAACCUUCGGCGAGGAAUUCCUCGAACCUACCGGGUUGUACGUGAACGCGCUCCUCCCGGCCGUCAAGAAAGGCUCCAUUAAGGCCCUGGCCCACAUUACUGGAGGAGGCCUGCUUGAGAACAUACCGAGGGUGCUGCCAGCUGGGGUCAAGGUCGUGCUUGAUGCUUUGAAGUUCAAGAUCAAACCUAUCUUCGGAUGGCUACAGGCUAAGGGUGGCGUCUCUGACUUCGAAAUGCUACGUACGUUCAACUGCGGAGUGGGGAUGGCGGUGAUCGUAGACCCGGUGUGCCUCAACGAGGUCCUAGCCGCCGUGCCCGAGAUUCAGGUCAUCGGCACCGUGCAGAACCUGGGGAAGGAAGGCGGACACCAAGUGGUCGUGGAGAACUUCAAGGAAGCCAUGGCGCCGCUCACCGAGCCGUUCGGCGGCGCGCAGCGCCAGGGCUUCAAGUCGCUCUCGUACAAGGACAGCGGCGUCGACAUCGAGGCGGGGGACUCGCUCGUGUCGCUCAUCAAGCCCCUCGCUAGGUCCACAUCGCGUUCGGGUGUAUUGGGCAGUCUCGGUGGUUUUGGAGGUUGCUUCCAAUUGAAAGCAAUCGAACAGGAAUACAAGGACCCAGUCCUCGUCCUGGCCUCCGACGGCGUGGGAACCAAGCUACAGAUCGCCCAGAGGAUCAACCAACACAACACCAUCGGCGUCGAUCUGGUGGCCAUGUGUGUCAACGACAUUCUCUGCAACGGCGCCAGUCCGCUUACCUUCCUUGACUACUUCGCUUGUGGACGAUUGGAUGUUACUGUGGCGAGAGCUGUGGUUUCCGGAGUGGCUGAGGGAUGCAGGCAGGCACAGGCUGCGCUUAUAGGCGGUGAAACUGCGGAGAUGCCUGGAAUGUACGAUGCCGGUGUAUAUGACAUCGCGGGCUUCGCGCUUGGCGUUGUUGAGAGGAGCCAUAUCCUGCCAAAGAUACAGGAGAUCACGGUCGGUGACACGAUCAUCGGUCUGCCCUCGAACGGAGUUCACAGCAACGGGUUCAGUUUGAUUCAUAAACUCGUGAAGAAGGCCGGCUUGGCGCUCAGCGACAAGGCGCCGUUCAGCAAGGAAGGAUUGACUUUAGGCGAAGAGCUAAUCAAGCCGACCCGCAUCUACGUCCGCGCAGUACUCCCGGCGUUACAGCGAGGACUAGUAAAGGCCGCGGCACACAUCACAGGCGGAGGCCUGUUGGACAACAUCCCGCGCGUGACGCCCGAGUGGGUGCGCGCGCGGCUCAACGCGCACUGGUGGAACGUGCACCCUGUGUUCGCAUGGAUCGCGGAUGCCGGUUCAGUGUCCGACGAAGAAAUGGUACGGACCUUCAACUGCGGCAUCGGUAUGGUUCUCAUCGUCUCCCCCGAAGAUCAGGCUGAGGUGAUGAACAUCACACGGGCGUACGGCGCCAUGGUGAUCGGCAGCAUCCAAGCGCGGCCCGCGGGCGGGGCGCGAGUCAUCGUCGACAACUUCGCUUCCGCACUCGACUUUACCCGGCGGAUGCCCACUUUGCCCAGCAAGAGGGUAGCAGUACUAGUAUCCGGUAACGGCAGCAACCUGCAAGCAUUACUGGACACCACUCGCGACCCUGCGCAGUGCAUGUGUGCGAAUAUAGCCCUUGUGAUCAGUAACAAAAAGGACGCUUUCGCUUUGAAGAGGGCGGAGAAGGCCGGAGUUCCGGCGUUGGUAUUUAACUACAAAGACUACAAGUCUCGCGAAGAAUUCGACCGCGCCAUCACCGCGGCGCUAGAGGCACAUAAAAUCGACAUCGUCUGUCUCGCCGGUUACAUGAGGAUACUGUCCAGCGAAUUUGUGAAAAAAUGGAAAGGCAAGCUGGUGAACAUCCACCCGUCACUGCUGCCCCUACACCCCGGCCUGGGGGCGCAGAAACAGUGCCUGGAGGCUGGCGACCGCGAGAGCGGGUGCACGAUACACUUCGUCGACGAGGGCAUGGACACAGGCCCCAUCAUCCUCCAAGAGCGCGUGCCAGUUCUCAAGGAUGACACCGUAGAAACCCUCACGGAGCGCAUACACUCCGCAGAGCACCGCGCCUUCCCGCAGGCCCUUCGCCUACUGACCACCGGCCGCGUCAGGCUCAGCCAGCAGGGCAACAUCAUGUGGUACUCUGGUUAGAUAUGUAGUCCGUGAUACAUCGACCGAGCUAUAUCUCAAAUA